AUGAUGAAUCUCAUCAAGAAAAGCAUCUUAAUUGAAGACGGAAAUCCUGCUCGAUAUCUUCUGCAAACAAGUACAGACAGUUUGGAUCAAUCUGGACCAUAUAGAAAAAUGACCUUUGGAGAGAGAGACAAAAACAAACCCCAUAAAACCAUUCUGCUGGUGGGAGAAACAGGAGCAGGAAAAACAACCCUAAUCAACACGAUGAUCAACUACAUGUUAGAUGUUCAGAGAGAAGACAAGGUUUGGUUUGAGAUCACAGAUGAUCAGAGUGACCGAACAUCAGUUCACAGUCAGACCUCCAGCAUCACUGUUUAUGGGUUUUAUCCACAAGAGAGUAAAACUGAUCUAACAAUCAUCGACACACCAGGAUAUGGAGACACUCGUGGAGUUGAGAAAGAUAAAGAGAUCGCUGAGAGUUUGCUUAGUUUAUUUACAUCUGCAGAAGGGAUUCAUGAAACACAUGCAGUGUGUCUGGUGAUGAAAGCAACACAGAAUCGACUCUCUGACAGAGAAAUAUACAUAUUUGAUGCUGUUCAGUCUUUAUUUGGAAAAGGUAUAGAUGAAAAUAUCGUCUUGCUCUUCACACACUCACAUGGAGCUAUCCCUAAAAAUGUUAAAGAGGCUAAAAUAAAGUGUGCAGUGAAUGACGAGAAUCAGCCGGUGUUUUUCCUUUUUGACAACUGUCAGUCAGAACCUGAUGAUGAAGAAAAUAUAAUGCUGAAACAAUCAUGGGAUCUCAGUUUUAGAGGAAUUACAGAAUUUUUCAAAUUUCUUGACAACAUAAAACCAAAAACCGUGAAGAUGACCCAAGAUGUGUUGCAACAACAGAGGCUGUUGGAAGCAAAAAUCUCCAACAUAAAAUCACAUAUUCAAGAGAUAGACCGUAAGCAGAAUGAGCUGAAACAAACUCAAGAAGAUCUGGAGGAACAUGAAAAAGUUGUUGAAGAAAAUAAGAACUUUGAGUAUGAAGUUGAAGUGACCUACAAAGAGAAGGUUGAUAUUGAUCUCUCUAAAGCUAGUGUGGCGUUGUGCUGCAGAGUCUGUGAGGAGAACUGUGUUUAUCCAGACUCCUGGUGGGCCAGAAAUCAAUCAUUGUACAGUUGGAUGAAUGAUCAGUGUACAGUGUGCACAAAUAAAUGCUCCUUCACCAAACACGUCAAAGAAGCAAAAAUAUAUGAAACAAAGACAAAAAAGGAGAAGAGGACAUAUGAAGAGUUAAAGAAGAAAUAUGAUCAUAAUAUAAUUAAAGUUAGGGAUGGUGAGAUUUUGGUCCAGAGGCUGAAAGAAGAACUCCAAGAAUUAGAGAUGAAGAGAGUUCAGCUGGUGAUGGAUGCGUUUCACUGUGUGGAUACUCUGGAGAAGAUCGCACUCAACACUGAUUCACUGAACACACUCCGACAUGUUGAUUUUCUGAUUGAGAAGAUGAAGGAAAUAAAUGAGUCUGAAAAGGCUGAAAUACUGGAAGACAUGAAGAAGAGAGCAGGAGAAGAAAAACACAACGUGCUGAAAUACAUGAAAAGAUGAGUUAAAUCAGAAAAUUAGAGAAGUGCACUCUG